GGUUGCCCUGCAGCUUUUAUCUGUUCUCCGUGUACUCUAAUGGGUGGUGAUGACUCAGGCUUUUAUGGCCAGCGCUCCACACCCCCGGAGUUCAAGUCCAGCUGCCCCGACUGUUUGCAGGCCCACGCAGGCGUGCAGGGCUCCUGGUUCUUCAGAGCAGUUGGUAGUGGUUCCCAGAUCAAUGCUGACCCUUGGUCUUUUGCAGGAUAAGGAUUGCUUUCCUCUGAAAGCAACUGGGAAGGCAGACGGGAAAGCCAGGAACCAGGGCUGGACAUGCCAGCCGCCAAGCUGCAGCUUCCUGGGAGACUCCGCCAAAGUUCCCGACUCUUGUGAAAAAGCCAAGUGAGAGAGAAGAUCCAGUACCGAGUUAAAAAGAAGUGCCGAAUUUAGCCAGUAAGCGCUGUAGCCUGUGUCGGCACCCGCACUGCCGGGCCAUGUUCGUGCUAGCGGGGACUCGCCCCUGCUCCCCCCGCACCCGAGGCGUCGCGGCUCAGGCCCUCUGCCCUUGAGAUCCACCGCUCACCGUGGGCUCAGCAUGGCGGCAUCUUCUGCAAAACCUCAAGCGCUGGAGGAGACCGGGCCGGGCUCGGAUGGGGAGCGGGAAGCAAAGCCUCUUCUCCCCUGGGGCUCUCUUUUUGGUCACCGGAGCGAGAAGAUUGUGUUUGCGAAGGGUGCGGGCCCCCAGGAGAGCCUGCUCACGGUCACCAUCACGGAGACCACGGUCAUCGAGUCGGACCUGGGCAUCUGGAGCUCGCGGGCGCUCCUCUACCUCACGCUCUGGUUCUUCUUCAGCUUCUGCACCCUGUUCCUCAACAAGUACAUCCUGUCCCUGCUGGAGGGCGAGCCCAGCAUGCUAGGUGCUGUGCAGAUGGUGUCCACCACGCUCAUUGGAUGCGUCAAGAUAUUUGUCCCGUGUUGUUUGUACCAGCAUAAGCCCCGGCCCUCCUACCCGCCCAACUUCAUCAUGACCAUGCUCUUUGUGGGCCUGAUGAGGUUUGCAACAGUGGUUUUGGGGCUGGUCAGCCUGAAAAAUGUGGCCGUUUCCUUUGCUGAGACAGUUAAGAGUUCUGCACCCAUCUUCACUGUGAUCCUGUCUCGGAUGAUCCUGGGGGAAUACACAGGGCUGCUGGUCAACCUGUCCCUCAUCCCCGUGAUGGGGGGGCUGGCGCUGUGCACUGCCACUGAGAUCAGCUUCAACAUCCUGGGGUUCUCGGCUGCGUUGUCCACCAACAUCAUGGACUGUUUGCAGAACGUUUUCUCCAAAAAGCUUCUGAGCGGGGACAAGUACAAGUUCUCGGCCCCGGAGCUGCAGUUCUACACGAGCGCCGCCGCGGUGGCCAUGCUCAUCCCGGCAUGGAUCUUCUUCAUGGAUGUGCCCGUGAUUGGGAGGAGUGGGAAGAGCUUCAACUACAGCCAGGACAUUGUGCUGCUGCUGCUGACGGACGGCGCCCUGUUCCACCUCCAGAGCGUCACUGCCUACGCUCUCAUGGGGAAGAUCUCCCCUGUGACCUUCAGUGUCGCCAGCACGGUGAAGCAUGCGCUGUCCAUCUGGCUAAGCAUCAUCGUUUUUGGCAACAAAAUCACCAGCCUGUCGGCCAUUGGCACCAUCCUGGUGACCGUGGGAGUGCUGUUGUACACCAAGGCCCGGCAGCGCCAGCAGGAGGCCGUGCAGGGCCUGGCUGCGGCUGGGACAGAGGCCCUGGGUCCCCAGGAGCCCAGACAGCACCACCGAGCACAGGCCUCCGGCUGCCCAACAGCUGCACUGCGUUGACACUGGGUCCCCCGGAACCAAGACCCAAAGCCACCGGCCCGCACCACCGGCUGGGCUGCAGUGGGGCUGUGCGGGCUCCUCUCCCUGGGACUCAGAUGUUUCAUGGUGAGUGCUGAGCGGUGUGGAGGGGGCGGGUGGCCUACAGCUCACCACCUCGCGCACUUAAGGCUGCACUGUGGGUGACCAUUGGGGUCCCGGGUCAACCCAAACGUGCAUGCCCUGCUUGGAGAUGGCCGGGAGGUUGUCCCUAAGUCACUGGAAUCACAGGAGCCCAUGGCUGCAGGCAGUCAGACCCAGAAACGAGAGCAAGGGGACGCAGGGACCAACCUCCCGCCCCCCCCCCCCCGACUCGGCACUCAGGUCGUCCUGGGGUCACCUGGGGACUGCCAUUCAACUGACUGAGUCCUGCGCCCCCUGCUGAGGCAGCCUGUGGUGACUUCCUGUCCUGCGCUGAGCCUCCGUUCCUGACAUCAUGGCCAUCAACUCUGCCAUGCCCUCGUGCGGGGACACACGCGGUUUGGCAGAGCCUUUGUGCUGAUUCAGUGACGCUGUCUCAGCGGAGCACGUGCCAAGCGUCCCUGGAGCGCCUGCGCAGCCGGCAGGUCGCCCCUGCAGCACCCCGGCGCGGCGUGCUGAGCCCUCCACUCCUGGCCAGUCACUGGGCCCACAGCCCAGGAGGGACCGAGGGGACCACGCACUGAGCCGUGGAGGCGGAGGGUUCAUUUCAUUCCUCAUGUCUGGGGUUCACCAGCCGGUCUUUGAGACCCUCCCCAUCAGCGCGAGCUCUGGGCCCCGGCGGGCCGAAGCUUCUGGCACUGUCUCCCUCCCCUUCCUCGCUCUUCAGGUCAUUGGGGCCCAUGGAGGAUGGGUCACUCGUUUCCAUGAGGCUUCCAGUCUGGAAAAUACAAAAGCAGCCCCUGUAGGAAAUAAGCGCUCAGACACAAAGAGCAAUAACUACGCCUCCAUAAGAUCUACCUACUUGAAAGCCGGCGCGAUGCUGAAUAGAAACGAGGCCUUGUAACCCACAGCCACCUUGCUCAAGACGCUGCCCUCCCGUCUCUGGGACAGGCCAGCUGCGCGCCCCGCACUGUGAGGCCACCUCCACUGUGAAGAUGCUCUGACGACUCUAAAGAGGACUUUGCCCAGGCUUUUCCUUCCUUUCCUCUCUUCCUGCUUCUCCAGAGCUAAAGGAAAUACAAUGGAGGUGGCUUGGGGAUAGAUGCUGGACUGAUGUGCCAGCGAGUCCGUCUCCUCGAGAGCAGAGCCACCAAGCUUCUGCCAAGGGGAGGAGGACCUGCAUCUGUAGGCGUUGCUUGCAGGAGCCCCACCUUCCUGCAGACCUGGCCUGAGUGUGGAGUGCUUCCGAGUAUUGUCUGGAAUGCCUGGCCCUGAUGCCACAGCAGUUAGGAAGUGGCCUCUGGAGCCUUCUCCCCCUUCCCCUCCCCCUCCUUGCACCCCCACCCCUGGCCCAUAAACAAAAAGAAAAUCUCCGAAAUUGUUAGCAAGGGAGGCAGCUUGCGGCAGCGCUGCUUUCGAGAGGCGCCUCACCCGGGCCGUGGCCGCACAUCCCCCUCCAGCCUGUCACCACACCUUGCUCCACAGUGGCCCCGGGACAUUCAAAGCCCAGACUGACCGUGGAUGCUCGUACAGACAUUUAAAGAAUUAAUUUUGUACAGUGCUUUUAUAUAGAAUAGUAUGUCCUCAUGUGUAGAAGCAUUGACACUGGGGUUGCUACUUGGGUUAAUUCCUCCUUUAUCCAGGUCAUUGUCUGUGCCUUUGUAAACUGGACAGAACUUCCAAGUUGGGCCUUUGUUUAUUUACCACAUAUUUGGAGAUGUACAGGUUUCUAAUUUUAAGAGAAACUAGGAUGGGUUUGGAGUGUAGUUUAUUGCUACAGCACUCCCCAGGGAUGUGUGAGGCCCUGAGUUUGAGC